AAACAAUCACAGCUUGAAUAUUUCUUGCAUAUCACAUUUCCUUUUUUGUCCGUUUCCUUUUGUUUCUUUUCUUCUUCUUCCUUAUUUCCUAAGUGCGGGUGCGGGUUCAUUUCCUUGCUCGUCGGUACUUUAUUGUUUGCAGUCAUAUUGUAUUUCUUCGGCAACCGAAAACAUCAGCAUCACUACUACCGUCGUCGGCUGGUCCUUGGUUACAAUUGUCUUGUCAUCUUCCACCAAUCUGGUUAUUGGCUUUGCAUCUGGUCUGAAUUAAGAAAAAGAUAAAAAGAACAUCUUCUUCCUCCCUCUAUACACAUACACAUACACACACACAUACACAAUGCGUUCAUCAACCCUCCUGGUAUCAUCGCUGGCCGUCUUUGGAGCUCGCGCCGCUCCGGCCCUCCCCAGACUCGACCUCUCAGAUAUCGCAAACCCUGCAGUAGCACUGGACUCUCUAUCAAGUUACUUCAACCUGCUUGCGUCAAAGGUCCAGACCUCCAAGGUACGACCGGUGGUGCCAGUAUGCGAUCUGUCCAAGGCCCAGAUGCCCAUGAUCGACGGGCUGCUCCCUCCAUCUGCAGGCUUGACCGUGCAUCACGUUGCCGUCGGCCGCGGCACUCAGAACUACACGUGUGAUACCAGCAAUCCCGAUGCAGCUCCCGUAGCUGCCGGUGCCGUGGCCACUCUUUUCAACGUCAGCUGCAUUGCGUCCAUUAGCCAGGACCUCUUGCAAAAGGUGCCCAACAUGGCCGUCAACUUUAACUACGACGCAGCCACCGCUGGACCACUUGGCCCGAUGAUGCUGCCUGUGUCUGGCCACCACUUCUUCGUCGACAGCACCACGCCCUUCUUCAACUUGGACAUGCCCACUCUAGACCUUGGCACUGUGCCCUGUGCUAAGAACGGCAGCGCUCCCGCACCAGCCACGGCGGUACCAGGGCCAUCGGGCUCAAGUGCGGUUCCGUGGUUGAAGCUCACGGCCAAGGAUGGCGCCACGGGCAGCAUCAAGGAGGUGUACAGGGUCAACACGGCCGGAGGCAACCCGCCGGCUACAUGCCAGGGCCAGGCGGCCAACAUUCAAGUGCAGUACUCAGCAGUAUACUGGUUCUGGGGAAGCAACUGAGAGACGAGAAGCUGGACGGGCGAGACGGAGACGAGACGGGUAGAGGGUGGUCAUCUCUUUUGACUUUUUUGGGUUUCUAUACACUUGUUACUAUUGCCUAGGCUUCACUUAUCAGCCUGGUGGCAUAUUUCAUUAAUUAUCUGAGGGUUGGUUAGCGUUUUAUUCUUCAAAGAAAAAUGAUUGAGAUGUAUAUAUAAAUAUAUGUCAAUACAAGUAGCUUGCACACAC